CUAUCUUCCGAUCUCUCUAAGCGAGGCAUUUUCAUCUUAUAUCUCGUUCAAGGUUUUCAUCUUCCAGGAUGGCGACAAGCUAUCUGUUGCAUUUUCUAAUUGGAGUACUCCUCCUAGUUUUAUGUUCUAGAACAACCAAAGCUGGAUAUUUACAAAAUGAUGACCCUCGUUGUGAAUAUUCAGAGUUUGCUUGUGGUACCGGAGAGUGCAUUAGCCGAAAAAGUUGGUGUGAUGGACCAUCCGAUUGUCCAGACAACUCGGACGAGAGCUACUGCCGCACUUCCAAUCCAUCAGAAGAAAAAAGUGAGAAUAUCAACAAUUGCGAGAAAUCUCGUUACUUUAUAUGUGAUGAUGGUCUUUGCAUACCUAAAUCAGGCAGAUGUGAUGACUUGCCUGAUUGCCUGAACGGAGAAGAUGAAGAGAACUGUGAUUAUUUAUAUGACGAUACGAGUAGCGAACUUGAAACAGAAACAAGUACAUCUUCAACUACACCGAUACCAACGACCACCACUACGACAACUACGCCCACUCCAAAAUUUUUGGUGACAAGAGGUGACACACCUUGGAUACCAUCAAGGUUCGAUGUCCUGCACAAGUCUGUGCGGCACAUCAUCGAAGAGAGGGACACCGAUUGGGGUUGGGGUAAAGCCACCCCUAAAAUUGUAACAGCACUAUACUUGGCCAAUGAAAGUUACUUUGAUCCUGACAACUAUGAUGGACUCAUGACUAAAAAAGAACUUGAAGUUCAGUUGGCACUUGAUCUGUUGAGAAAUCACGAGAAGCCUUUGAAAAUGCAUGAGCUGGUGCACUACAUACACGCUAUGAUCGUCACUUGUAGCAACCCAAGAAACUUCCACGGAGUGAAUAUCAUCAAACUCUUGAAGAAAUCGAUAUCGAAGAGACAAUCUAAAGGGCUUUUUGUCAAUCCAGUGGCAUACCUUGCCUUGUGUAAUUCUGGUGACAUGCCAGAUUCAUAUAUUAAGCGAUUGAAAAAUAUGGCCUUCAGACGAAGUGAAGAACCAAGGUGGCUCGACGUUCAAACAUAUGCGUUGCUCGCCAUAUCUUGCCAGACAUCAAAGAAUGCAAGCAAGGAAUGGUUACUCUUGAAGAAAGACGUAGUAAGAGACAUCAGCGAAUGGCAGCAAGCAGAUGGAAGUUUCGGCAGCAUCCAUAGCACUGGUUUAGCUCUACAGGCUCUCAUAGCUGCAGAUGAGCUUGGGUCAGAGAUGACAAAAGUCCGCGCAAUGACAUAUCUACUUAUGCAGCAAGAUUGGCAAGGUAGCUACGGAAAUGAUCUGGACAACUAUUACGUACUUCCGGCUCUCAACAUGAAGAGUUUAGCCUUACUGCAUAAAAGAAGCUGCAAGCAUCACACUUUUACACCACAGGGUAUUGAAGCUGCCGUUCACCCGUCUCGAAAAGACGAGAAACAGAUGCUUGUCCACUAUUCCUUGUGGAUUGGAGGAGACAAAAAUGAAAUUCAAACUGUCACCCUUUCUUUACCCCGGCGUUCCAACUUCCUGGAGGUCAUGGCCGAAGCUGAAAGAGUCAACUCUCUGUUCAAGCACAAUGCGUUGACUACAGGAAAAGGAACUGCAGUAAAUUCAAUUGCUGGUCGUGCAUCGGACAUAGAAAAAAGCAUAUAUUGGACGCUUUACAGAAAAGUUCCUCUGCCAUUUCGUCCUCAUCUAUCGAAUGUCACAGCAACCGUGGCGAGAUUAAAGCUUUUCGGAGCAAAAAGAUGGACAAAAGAUCUCAAAAAGCUUCAUCCUAGAGACGGAGAACAUCUUGCAUACUGGUAUAAACCUUAUUUGUAGAAAUAGAAUUUUACAUAUUAUGACAAAAUAAAUAUUGUAAGACAAAACCCAUUUUGAGCAAGAAGAAGCAGGCAAGGUCUGCUAAUUUCUGUCAAUUUGUGUGUGAGUUUUGAAUUCUUAUUCGUUCACGAAUAUGUUCUGGUGAGGAAUUUCUUGAUGCUGUACGAACUUGAACAAUUUGAAUUCACGAUUUACCCUUGACGACAUGGAUGCUAAGCCUAAUUAUGUGUGUUUUAUAUUUAUUUCGAAGGAUUAUAUUAUGUUGAUUGACUAAUAUGAAGAAACCAAGUUUGCGAUAAAUAGGAACCGAUUUUGCUUAGGGUUUAAAUUGCAAAGUAGCAUAACGGUUGAUGGUUUCUUAAAAUGUCAAAGAACUUUUUUUUCAAUGGAAAAUGUCUUCAAAUCAUUCGAAUUAUUCUUGACUUCGAAUUGAGUGAAAAUUAAACAUGAGCGAUUUUAAAAAAAUAGUUCAGCAUUCAGUCAGCAACGAGGAAAUAAAUUCUCCUUACUAUUCUCUAUCUACUAUUCAUAAUAUUUAUAUCUGCUAUUAAUUGAAUCGGCUCAAAUCAUGAAUUUGGCGAAAAGUUUCACCAAUGAGUAGUGAGUGAUUAUAUGGCAUUAGGUAAAUAAUAAUGAUAAUCCUUUCUUAGGUUUGACUUUCUGGCGUCAUUUUUAUUCAGUUCUCAUUGGUGCUAGCUCAGGAAUUUAGCUAUUAAUUUUGAUUGUUGAAAGGAUGAUAAAAUGCUAAUUGUGUAUGAAAUUAAAUUGUAAAAACUAAUAUAUGUAAUUGAACUAAAUGGAUAGAACGUAUUUGCGUUUAAAGCACUAAGUAAAAUGCGUUUGUAGCAUCAUAUCAUUCAAUGGUAAUAUGGCAAGUGACUUCUCGUAUAGAUUUAUUUCGUUAAAAAGAAUAAUGUGCGGUGAUGGUCACAAAUAUAUUAAAAUGUCACAGACUGUUUCAUUAUCGCCACCAGCUAUAAGAAUUUGCAAAAUUUGUGGGGUAGCCUCAAGAUCAACGUAUGUCUUCACAGCUAGUUAGAAAAUAAAAUUUACCCCACAAAAAAUAAAACUCAAUUUCAUCCAAUCAAAAUCUUUAUUAAUGUGUCUACUGAGUUAUGAUGGUUACAGUUAUUGACUUGGGUUAUUUCAUUUAACCUUCAGUGAUUGACUUUAAGAGAGAAAAUGUGGCCUAGAGACUAAAGUUGAACUACUAGGAGAUCUAAUCACAGACGCGCCCAAGUGCCUAUAAGGGUGAGCAACGUACAAGUUCGUAAUUGAAGUUGCAAGUCUAAACCGAAUUUUUAGCUUCGUAUAUUGUGGUAUAUGUGUAUAUUUUCAUUUAAAGAAAAAUCAUUGCUCUUGCAAGUGAAAUUUGAUGUAUACAUUGUUCACGUUUGUUAAAUAAAUCGUUUUUAUUCGU